AUGAGUGUAACUGAGUAUGAGACCCAGUUUACCAAAUUGUCCAAAUUCGCUCCCGAAUUGAUUGCCACGGAACCAAGGAAAGUACGAAGGUUUAUACAAGGGUUAAAUGUGGAAUUACAAGAAGCCUUAGCAGCGGUUCAAAUCAAUACUUUCACGGAGGUUCUGGAGAAGGCCUUGAGGAUAGAAACUGUUAGGACGCAAGUAAGGAAUUUCCACGCUAAGCGGAAAGGGGCACCUAGUGGAGCCCAAGGGUCGGUACGAGGCGAGCGGAGCAUGCCACCUGCUAAAUCCGGUCGUGGAGCUGGAGGUGGACGAUUCUCAAACACGUUUAGGGGCAGUGCUCCGAGAGGGAAUGCCCAGAGGGGAGGCCAAGGUGGUAGAGGUCAAGGUAGAGGUUUUACUCAGGGAGGUCAAACCUCCACUCCCCGAGUGACAUGUGGGUAUUGUGGAAAAUCGAACCACACUGAGGACGAGUGCUGGAGAAAGGCUCGGAAGUGCUUGAGGUGCGGAAGUGCGGAUCAUCAGAUGGUCAAUUGUCCGCUAAUCAAUGACACUCAGUCGACUGUCAGGUCAAACCCAAAGCCGACUACUGCUGGAGGGGCCAGGUCGAGGGUACCGGCCAGAGUGUACUCGCUAGAUCAAACAACUGUGCCUGAACCAACCAGGGUGCUAGAAGGUACAAUCCCUGUUUUUCAUCGGUUAGCUAGAAUUUUGAUAGACCCCGGUGCUACUCACUCUUUUGUUAAUCCUGCAUUUAUGCUUGGAAUUGACUUGAAAGUUGAAAGGUUACCUUGUGACUUAGAGGUAAGAACACCUACAGGUAUGGAUUGGCUAGUUCAUUAUCAUGCUCGGGUAGAUUGUAAGAUGAAGGUGGUUGAAUUUUGUAUACCGGGGGAGGCAACACUAAAGCUUGAUGUGAGGGGUAUGAUAGCCUCUUCUGCACUUAUUUCCGGUAUAAGGGCUAGGAAAUUGCUUAGUCGUGGGGCUCGUGGUUACCUAGCCUUCCUAAUUAACACUCCAGGAGAAAAGACUAAGUUGGAAGACAUGCCAGUAAUCAGUGAAUUCCCGGACGUAUUUCCGGAGGAGUUGAAGUCCUUGCCACCUGAAAGGGAGGUGGAAUUUAAGGUUGAUUUAGUACCCAGAACCACUCCCAUUUCUAAAACUCCUUAUCGUAUGGCACCUGCUGAGCUUAAGGAAUUAAAGGUGCAAUUACAGAACUUGCUAGAACGGGGGUUUAUACAUGAGAGCGAGUCGUCGUGGGGAGCUCCAGUGUUAUUUGUUAAAAAGAAAGACGGAAGUUUGAGGUUGUGUAUUGACUAUCGAGGGCUGAAUGCAGUAACUAUUAAGAAUAAAUAUCCUUUGCCCCACAUAGAUGAGUUAUUUGAUCAGUUACAAGGGGCUGUAGUAUUUUCUAAGUUGGACCUGCGACAAGGGUAUUAUCAAUUAAGAGUUAAGAAGGAGGAUGUGCCAAAAAUGGCGUUUAAUACUCGAUAUGGGCAUUUUGAGUUUGUAGUGGUGUUCAUUGAUGAUAUCUUAGUGUAUUCGAGGUCAAGGGAAGAACAUGAACAACAUUUGCGGAUAGUACUGCAAACCCUAAGAGAGCACCAACUGUUUGCUAAAUUCAGUAAGUGUGAAUUUUGGUUGGAAAGUGUGGCGUUCCUAGGUCACAUAAUUUCAAAAGAUGGCCUUGCUGUAGACCCGGCAAAAGUGGAAGCUGUGGCUAAGUGGAAGCAGCCAGAAAAUCCUACAGAGUGUGAAAGUAGUUUCCAAGAGCUUAAGAAACAAUUGACUGUGGCUCCAGUUUUAGCUUUGCCUAGUGGGAGUGAUAGUUAUACGGUUUAUACCGAUGCUUCGAAAGAAGGGCUAGGGUGCGUGUUGAUGCAGAAUAGGAAUGUGAUUGCCUACGCAUCCCAAAAGUUAAAAACUCAUGAGCAAAAUUACCCGACCCAUGAUUUGGAGCUUGCAGCUGUAGUGUUCGCUUUGAAGAAAUGGCGACAUUAUCUUUAUGGUGUAACUUUUGAGGUUUUUACGGAUCAUAAAAGUCUUAAGUAUCUGUUUUCCCAGAAGGAGUUGAAUCUAAGACAACGUCGGUGGGUAGAGUUCUUGGAGAACUAUGACUCCUUGUAUGGACGACGGUGUCGAUCCCCAAUCCAUUGGGAUGAAGUAGGAGAGAGAAAAGUAAUAGAUCCAGCUACUAUACCAUGGGUUGAGGAAGCCUAUGAAAAGGUGAAAGUGAUCCGCCAGAGACUUCAAACAGCCCAAAGCCGUCAGAAAAGCUAUGCCGAUCAUAGGAGGAAAGACUUGGAGUUUGAAAUAGGGGAUAAGGUGUUUCUCCGGAUUACACCAUUAAAGGGAAAGAUUAGAUCAGGAAAAGGAAAAAAGUUGCAACCACGAUACAUAGUACCUUUCAAUAUACUGCAGCGAAUAGGAAAAGUGGCUUAUCGACUUGAGUUGCCAGCUAAUCCGACUCACAUUUUGCCACCCGAAGAUGUUGAACUUGACGAGUCUUUAACCUAUGAAGAACGACCUAUUCAAAUACUGGAUCGAAAGGUGAAGGACUUGAGAAACAAGCAGAUUCCUUUAGUAAAGGUACUAUGGAAGCAUCACGAAGUGGAAGAAGCAACUUGGGAGCUAGAAAAGGAUAUGCAAGAAAAGUAUCUUGGCCUGUUCACGACAAAAGCAUGUUGA